GAAAGGUUUGCGUUUUCGAAAGCACAAAUUUAUUAACUCUUGGGGGUAGAAGCGGCUCGCCUUCCCCGGAUAGUAAACCAAAAUGGUGUUCUUUGACAGCAGCAACCGGGAAAAAUCGGCCCAUGAAUGGUUCAACGAGAUUAAGCAGUAUGAAAAAGCACCAAUUCGUUUGUCUGACAUCGACAAUCUUCUAGAAGACAGUAUUUUCGAUACAACCAAUGGCGCCAGGUUAGUGGAGUACAUGAAAACGAGGCGUACCGGCGGCCGGAUGCGAUUGCAAAAUAUUUUCGAACAAGUCGCAGCGCAAGUGAGACGACCACGCUUCAACCUCAGAGCCAAUACGUCCGAUCCAGAACCACUGCCAGACUCUCCGAUACAAUCGGAGUCUCCGAAUGAACCGGAAGCUCCGAAUGAACCGGGAGCUUCCAAUGAACCUCUUUCCCCAAAUGACGAUGCGGUGGCAGGUCCGUCUUCGCCACCCGGAGCAGCUCCGGUAGUUAAUCCAGAAUCCAACGAUAGGAAUGCAGCAGAACAGCAGAAUGAGCCCGAACCAACCGAGCAGACCGACAUCCCAGUGAAAGAUAGUAAAGUUGGUAGGAAGGUUCCAGUAAAAUCACCCGUUGUAUCGUUAGCCAGGGAGGCAAUGAUAAAUCAGUAUCAUCGUACAAAUGCUGCCAAGUGCAAUCUUUUAAAACAAGUGACCACCAGUACGCCGAAAGUGGAUACUAAUGGCGAACUAAGCAAAAUAUCUACAUUCACGACAUCAAUUUCACCCAUCGUGGAGAGUGACGACUCACCUGAAUCUCAGCCGAGGGAAUGUGUUCCAGCUUCGCAACCGUUGGCAAGUUCACCCAUUCCAGUUAACGUUCCAGAGAACAAACGAUGCAAUUCACCGAUUGUCCAGCAAUUGCUUGCACCUUGCUCCCAGCCUGUGACCACAGCGCAACUAGCGACUCCACAGAAGGUUAUUGUGGUACGAACAGAUGAGGCUGAAACGAAUGUGCAAUUGGCGCCAGAAUUGGAAAACCAACAAGCAAAUGACAUGGUUAUCCCGGAGACACCGAGUCCCGCGAAAAUGUUGGACGAAUCACCGCGACUUCCGCAUCCACCGAUACAUCCGCGAAGACUCACUGCUACUUUCAUCGAGAUGGAAAACGGGUUUCACCCCGAUGCGGAAAACAACGACGUAAUGACAUCUGAUGAAAGCGAAUCUAUCAAUGUUUCUAACGAUGUGGACAAGCCGGAUGUUGCACCUGUAUUGAAUGUUUCGAUACCUAAAAGUAUACUUAAGGAUGCGGAUGUAUCACUUCGCAAGCGCAGCUCGCUACGAGUGUCCUUUUCUCAACGUUUGGUAGAGCAAAGGGAGAUUUCACCAGCUCCGUCUAUACCAGAGGCACAUUACUCCAGUUGCUCUGAUGACAGCAAUGAAAGCGACAUUGAUGAGGACGAGUUUGAAGUAGUCGAUGAGGUGUACAGUGACGACAGCGCAGAAUACGGUGCCGGUGUCGACGAGUACGACGACGUGGACCAUAUUGGACGAAAUAUAAACAAAAAUUAUGUUGCCAUAUCUGAGCAGCCGGGAUCGCCACUGCUUAACGUGGUUGACGAGGAACCCGGCCGCCACUGGUUCGGAGCAGCAACGCCAAGAGAAGAUAACGAAGAAAGACUUCAGCUGUCUCCGACGACCAUUAGAAAAUACGACAAAACAAACUUGCAACUAGUUGAUAUCAUCACCGAUUGGGACGACGAAGUUGACGAUGACGAUGACACAGAAGUGGAAUCCGAAAAGUCAAUAGAUGAGAUUCCAGAAACGCAAAAAGCGGCCAAUACAACCAAUCUGGAAGCCAUGGAAAUCACGUCCAGUAACAUGGAAGAGGAUGCUGUCCGUUUGAUAGAUCUCCCAUCGCCUCCCAAACCAGUUCAGUCGCCAGCGAAACAGGAUGGAGAAUCGGAUUUGCCUCUCUCCCCACCACCUCAAUUUACUGAUUCGGCUAAAAAACGUUUUGCGGAAGCAAACGACGAAGCAGUUCUAAAUCGUCUUCAAAGUGAACUAACAAGUGUUCAAUCUCCGACGCAUGCGACUGAGCAAGGCGAACUCAAAGAUGGUUCUUACGAGAAAAUACCAGAGUCGCUAGUCGAAAUCGCACAAUCAUUCCGCGAUCCUGUUCCGAGUGACAAAACUGCGGCAGCAGCUGUCACAGACACGUAUCGUAAACCGAACAAACCUCCAAAAAAGAAAGGCCGGAAAGCAAAUACGGCCGAUCCAGCUACGGAGACAUAUUUCAAAACUGUACAAGAGACAUUCGCAAGACCGCUAUCUCCUAGCACGUCGUCAGUGAAUACCACAAAGCGCAAACUAUACCUGGCUAAGCCACUGUCUGAGAAGCUCACCAGCCCAUUAACUUCACCAGGAAAAGCUACACACAACGAAAAUGCUUACUCGCUGCAUGAUCUUCGUGUUGUAGUUCAGAAAUUAUGCCUACCAGCAGUUGAAAAAUCAAACGACCUUGAGAAGGUAAACAAUAGGGAGAACGAAAUGGAGACGGUCGAUAAAGAAAAUCCAGUGGAAGAGACUGAAAAUCAACCUGAAAAGCUACUUACAAUGGACACAGAUGAAUCUGAAGCUAUUGAGAUGAAUGACGCCAAUAAAGAUGCCGAAAAUAGUAAACCAAAACGAAUAAAUGGAAUCACUAGAAAGACUAGGUACAAAACAAAAGAAAAAGGUAACGAGGAAAAGCAAAUGGAUGAACAAAUUGUGCAACCGAAUGACGAACAGACGGAAGCGACAGAAGAAAAAAGUCCGAAGCGGAAGGGCAAACGCACUCGGCAACUAAAUUCACCGCCUGAACCUACCGCAGUCGAGUCACCGGAACCAGUGAAACCCACAAACGCAGAAACCGCUGACACUGACACAGACGCUGAACCAAGUUCGCCAGUCGCCGCGAAAGCCAGCACACGUUCACGAACGCACAAACCAACCGAACCGGACUCCCCUUCACACGAUACCGGUAACAUAGAGCGGCAAAAUUCUCCGGAAACUGCAGGCAGUAAGUUAACAUCCAAACCAUCGAAACGUGGCAGACCGAGGAAGAAAGCUGUGCCUCUCGGUGCCACUCCUGAGGAGAAAUCGCCACACGCGGAGGAGCUGGCCUCCACCGAGGUGCAGCAGGAGUCCGGUUUGGCUCAAGGUUUUGCUGCUGAAGCGACUCCAUCGUCCACGGCCACGUUCGAUACUUGCGCCACCGGUGAUACCGUUUCGGAGGACGCAAGCUCCGCCGUCGGCGACCAAUCCGGUGAACCGGCAAUCGAACAAGAUUCGGCAGCAUCGAAUGGUGAUGGAGAAGAACGCGAUUUGAACGAUAACGGUGAACGGGUGCGAACAUCCGAAGAUGAGGAAUUUGCAGGGUUUGAAAUUGUCACAGCGCCACAGCCGGAGAAAAAGCAGCCCAUCAGUAGAAAGAAAAAAACGAGAAAUCCUCAAGUGGAACUGGCCGAGCCUGAAUCCGGCGUUCCUGUUGUAGUUAUAGAGGAAAUGCCCCAUUCAAAGGAUUUGGAAACAAAGAAACCAACUCGCUCGAGCCCGACGAGGUCCCGAGGUAGGCCGAGAAAACAAGCACAAUCACCGCCGUCUCCUGUGGAAUCCCCGGUACCGGAGAGAGAGGAAGAAACUGCUUCACAAUUACCACUCAAGAAACGAAAAAUUCGUGAUAACUCUCUCGAAGAUGCUGAUGUUAAUGCUUCCCGUGAAACAUCUUCCCCGGGAUUAACGGUGGGCGGCGAAGAAGGUGACGAUGCAGUGGCUUCCAAGCCUAAAACCAUUAGUAGGCAUCGUUCAGCAAAGAACGAUGCUCGUCAGGAGAACAAGAAAAAGGUGGACUUAGAAAAGAAGCAACAAAAACCGAGGCCAAUGUCGCGUUUCCUGCGAGAUUACGAUGAUGAUUUGGAUAAAACUUGGGUGCCUAGCGGUACUAAAAUGCUAAAGGAGAAAACUAAUUCUCUCCGGCGGCAUCUGGAUCGAAGCAAGCAGGGUAGCGACAGCCUGGAAUCGGAACAACCAGUCCGCCGAAGCAAACGGGACUGCCGAAUCGCAUCACCAAUUCUCUUAACCAAUCCACUCAUAAAAUCCGCUACCCAAAAACCAAACUAUCUGCCGAUAACUCUUGAACAGAUGCUGGAGGCUGAACAUUUGGCACGGGAAAUCGCCAGGAAAGAAAAGCAAAAUUACAGGAAACCUCGUGCAGCGCCAACUAAACAGCCUGUCCCAGCUAGCGUUGCAGCAAAUGACGCGGAGAGUCGAAAGCGCACACAGCAUCAACCACCCGAAAAUCAAACGCAUGCAAAGAAAACUCGGGUUCAGGAAAGCUCCGACGAAAAUGCGACAGCUGCUGUAACUCAACUCGUACGAGACAACGUCGCCGAAAACAAAGACGUACACGCCUGGAUGACGAAAUUGAUUAACGGAACGCACCGGGACGAAUCAUUGCCGACAUAUUCCGAUGUCGGGGUAACUACCCAUUUCAAGUUAAAUGACCUGAGCUUUCAGGAACGGAAUGGAAUACAGUAUUCGUUCUUCGAGUACUCCGAAGGAGAAAAUUAUGGCUUUCUCCGAUUUGCUCCGUCGGUUCAUAAAAAGAAAGCUCUUACUGCAAAUUACCGACUGAAAUUUUUGAUGCUUAGUGGCCAAUUGCAUUUCCAUAUUAAUGGCAAAGACGUACUAGCACGAGCGGGAGAAUUUGUAAUCAUCGGUGAGGAUUCGAAAUACAGCAUAAAAAAUGGGGAAGCAAUUUCUCUGAUUUUCAUGAUUAAAGUUUCUAACCCGGUCGGACAGCAACAACAAAUAUCGAGAAUUACAAAGCAGACUACGUCGACGAUUGACACCAUAGAUAUAGACUACACGCUGGACAAAUAAUCAUCCGGUCUCCCCCGUUUAUGAGAAAGAAGUUUGGCAAUAGUUGUGCAUAGUUUUAUGAAUUUGUCUGACAUCAUAACCCGUAACUAGUACCGUAGUAAAAUGCAUUGGAUGUAUAUUUUUAUUCCGUUGGA